AUGGGGCCGCUCGAUUUGGUUGACCAAGUGGAGCGCUUGGGCGUUGGCAUCGCUCUGGUUGCGGCGGUGUUGGGAGCGCUGUAUCUGUGGCAACAAGCGGUGGGCGAUGUCGGCACCACGAAGAUGCUCCGUGACUUUAAUCUCGUGCGGGUUCUGAAGCGCACGGACACGGAGUUGGCAGUUUUGGGCAAUUUCAAGAGUGAUAACCACAAGAAGGCAGCUGUACUGAUCAUUCAAUCAGCGGCUAUGGAUACAAGGACACUGAGCCAAUUGCUGGCGGGAAUAUCGCUGCACGAAAUCCUGGUUAACGACAUCUACAGCACAUUCCAGGGAGACGUAUCGCGCGAUAUCAAGCCGUACAAGGUGAAUUUGAUCUACCCGGCAACGGAACGCCACGUGCGAAAGCACACGGACCAGAACUUCCACAUGGUGGUGGAGACCAAGGAGGCGUAUCGGAUGAUCACGAAGCCCUUCAUUGAUAGCAUUCCGGCGGAGAACAUCGAUUGGGUCUACAACAUUUUGGACCAGUAA